AUGCAGUCGACGAAUACAAACAUCGAACUGUUUCAAGCAGUCAAAACUGAAACCAAACCUUAUCGUUUGUUUUUUCAAAAACUCAAACAUGACUGGUCAUUCGUCUUCGCUAGUAUGUUAGCGUUCAAUUUUCUCAUCGCACUUCUGCCCAUGGCGAUGAUCUUUUUCGGUAUAUCAGCGCUCAUUCUUGGAAAUAAUUCUCAUUUACAAAAUCAUUGGAAGAAUAUGAUCAUUAACGCAUUUCCUCCGAAAGCAAACGAAGGUUUGCGUGAAAUUAUUAAUAUGGCGUUUGUGAAGUUAUAUCAAGAUGCAGGAAUUAUCCUGACAUUUGGCAUCUUAUUCGCAAUUCUUGGUUGCUUAAGAUUAUUCGUAGCAAUUGAUCGAUCGUUGACAAUUAUCUAUCGACUUGAAGAACGAACAUUCGUGAAAAAGUAUCUUCUAGCAAUUAAAAUGCUGUUACUUUUUCUUAUUCUCAUUCCAUUGAUGAUCGUUGCUUCAUCAAUGCCAUCCAUUCUCUUACAUAAGAUCGCGAAUGUCGCGGGUCGCUUUGGAACAUAUGUUCUCGGAAUAAUCACGAGUUUUGCAAUCACAUUUCUCCUAUUUGAAGUGAUUUACUUACUAAUACCAAAUAGAAAGAUGACAUUUGAACAUACGUGGCGUGGAGCGAUACUCGUUUCCGGUGCGUUGCAACUCUUUAUGAUUCUCUUUCCACUUUACGUUCGCAACUGUUUAACAAGUUAUACAGGUCAAAUUGGUUUUGCCAUUAUCUUAAUCUUAUUUCUGUUUUAUUUCGCAAUUUUACUUCUUCUCGGCGCACAAAUCAAUGCGUUUGUCUAUGAACAUAUUCAACCGUUACCCGUUCCCCUCGGUACAUUUCUUAAUCAAUUCAUGGAACACGCUCACCAACAAACUGAGUCAAUUUGA